GGUAGCAGAGCAAACUUCACGUUUUUAAGGAACUUUGAACUGGACGCUCAAAUUGCGCCGAUAAACGGUUUUGACCUCAUCGUCUGAGAAGUUGGGAGAACCGAAACAGACGCACGACUGCACUGGAACACUGAAACCAGUGUCAAAAACGUUUCCGGGUCUGUUUUGCAGCAGCGCAACGUUGUCGUUUCUCGAGCGGAUCUGCAGAAGAAAUGUCUCUUCGUUACCACAACAAAGUUGUCAUCGUCACUGGAGGAUCCAAAGGCAUCGGCAGAGGGAUCGUCAAAGUGUUCGUGGAGAAUGGGGCCGCAGUGGUGUUUUGUGCAAGAGGAGGUGCACCGGGCCAAACGCUGGAGGCACAGCUAAAUAAAGCAGGACCAGGAAACUGCAAAUUUGUCUCGUGUGACAUGUCCAGAGAGGAAGACAUCAAGAGACUGAUCGCUGUCACGGUGGAGACCUACGGACGCAUCGACUGUUUGGUGAACAACGCAGGCUGGCACCCGCCUCACAAACCUACAGAUGACACCACAGCCGAGGAAUUCAGGGACCUGCUGAAUCUGAACCUCGUCAGCUACUUCUUGGCCUCUAAAUAUGCGCUGCCGUACCUGCGAACACAUCAGGGGAACAUCAUUAACGUGUCCAGUCUUGUGGCGUCCAUCGGGCAGAAAGAUGCUGCACCCUAUGUUGCCACCAAGGGGGCGAUCAUCUCCAUGACAAAGGCCAUGGCCGUGGACGAGAGUCGCUACAACGUGAGAGUCAACUGCAUCUCUCCAGGCAAUGUGAUGACACCCUUGUGGGAAGAAUUAGCAGGACAGACACCAGAUGCUGCAGCAGCCGUAAAGAUGGGAGAAAAUGCUCAGCUGAUGGGCCGGAUGGGGACCGAGGCAGAGUGUGGACUGGCCGCCCUGUAUCUCGCUGCUGAUGCCACUUUCUGCACUGGCAUUGACCUACUGCUCAGCGGAGGAGCUGAACUCAACUAUGGCUUCAAGAGUCAGAUAUGUCUCAGUUGAAUGCUUCAGUUGGCCACGUUACUGUAAUGAGUACUCGAUGCUUUUAAAGCAAUUUAAUGCAAUACAAUAAGCAGUUAUUAAUUCAUUCAGUGAGCUAUCUUGAAUUCCUGACCAACUGUAGCAGGACAGGGUCCACUCCCCUCCGAUGGUCCAAUCAGAACCACUGUCUUUGACCUCUAAUGACCUCCCCCCAAGGUGUCCACCAAUGACACGUUAGGCUUUUGUCACGCCUCCAGUGACUUUUCUGAAUCAGAGUUAACUAGUUAAUAAAACGGUCAAUCAGG